CAACAAUUUGAAAGAAUGAAGAAUGUGAACAAGUUUUUAUACUAUAUGAAAAUCGAUUUUUUAAAUGUGAAAACUGAAUUUUGGAAUCGGUUUCUAAUAUUCUAUCAAGUCAAACCGAAUUAGUUUCACCUGGAUCGGUUUCUAAUAACGAAGGAUAAGGUAAAGGUUAAAUUGAAACUUGGGCCUUAAUUUAUGGGAUUAACCCUUAUAUAGAUUCUUAUAUCAAUCGCUUCUCAACGAAAUCAUUUUUAUGCGUCUUUUUCCACACAAUUACGCUCAGUAGUAUAUAUCGAAUCCAUGGCUCGUUUCCUCUCGCAAACCCUAAUUCGAACUGUAUCACCAUCUUCGAAUUCCUUGCAAACAUUCAAAUUAGGGAUAUCGCAGCGGAGUCGAUUCUCCAGCCGGUCGGGAAAAGCCCAAAUGAUUGAAAUCGACCUUGAAUCGGAAGGAGAUGUAGAGGUUCUAGGGUUAAGAAAACUUGAUGAUGUUAUCCACAAUCUCAUCGUGAGGCAAUCGGCUCCGGAUUGGCUCCCUUUCAUUCCCGGUUCAUCAUACUGGGUGCCUCCUCGUCGCCACCGACCGGAAUCUCACGACCUCUUCGAAGUCCUGAAUCAAAUUACCAAUCCAUUGACCGAGGACGAAUCUAUGUCCCUUAGUACGUCGCGUGGUUGGCCUUCAUCAGCUUAUUUCAUUGAAGGUACUUCCCCUACGCAUCCUGUGGAGGUGAAAAUUCAAAACAAUCAGGAGAAUAGUAUGCCAAUGCCUAUGUCUGGGCCCACAGAAGAGGAAGGAUGAACAAUGAACUCUCACAUCACAAUUCACAGCUACAACAAGUGAAAACAUUAAAUUAUUUACAAUUUGAUUUCAUGAUUGUUAAGUUACGAGUUUUAAUGGUUUCACUAGCUUCGUACUGUAGACUGUAGAUAUAUAUAUGUAUUUUAUUUUUAUAUAGAAAGGUAGAAGCCAAGCCAUCUUGUUUGUUUGUACAGAAUUUCGUGCUUGUUUUCAUGUCGAAUCCCCUAAUUAGUAUGAGGUUACUUAAUGUAUUAAUAAUUUAAUCUGUUGGAGUUUUCUUCUAUUUAUUCUGCAAACUGAAAAAGGGCCCUUUUUCAUAAGAUGCAAGCU